AUGUCCUACAAGAAAGCCGACGACCUCAAAAACAUAGUCAUCGUUGGUGGCGGCGGCGUUGGCCUGCACCUUGCUCGUGCACUCUCACCGAAAAUAAAUUCCGCCACACACCAUAUUAUUCUCAUCGACCCUCGUCCGUUCCGAAUUAACCUACCAGCCACUCUCCGACUGGUCACGUCCGACAUCGACAACUUGCAGGAGACCGCUUUUAUCCCCUUUGACAAACUCUUUGUCAACGACAAUGGCACGUUCAUCGAAGCCUCUGUCACUUCUAUCCAAAAAAGUGACGGCAAGGGCGGAAGCGUCACCUUGGACAACGGGGAAACCGUCGCGUUUGAAUACUUGGUCCUCGCUUCUGGGAGUCAAUUUGAAGGGCCCCUAAACUUCCCGGGCAAGAAGGAGGACGUCCUGCCGUUCGUUAAGGGUACAAGACAGCAGAUAGAAGGCGCGAAUGAUAUCGUUAUUGCUGGCGGAGGAUCUGUUGGGCUAGAGUUCGCUGGUGAAAUCAAAGACAUCUAUCCAAACAAGAACAUCACCAUCGUCCAGGGCAGCGACCACUUGCUCAACGACGCGUAUCCGCUAAAAUUCCGCACUUACGCCGAGAAAAACAUCACCAAGCGUGGUAUCAAAGUCGUCCUGAACGAAUACAUCGAUGAUAUACCAACAGGGACCUUCACGAGCAUCAAGACGCGUUCCGGAAAGACCAUCACGGCGGAUACAGUCCUCCAAGCCAGAGGUGGGCGACCACGCACCGAAUUUAUCAAGACUCUGGGCCCCGACGUUCUGACGGACGGCGGGCAGGUGAAAGUCCGACCCACCUUGCAAUUGGCGUCUUACGACAAUAUUUUCGCCGGUGGAGAUAUUCUCGACAUCAAAGAAGAGAAACAGGUCGCGAAAGCACUUGGACAUGUCCAGGUUCUCACCACAAACAUCCUGGCUUCGAUAUCCAAUAAGCCCCUUAAGCCAUACAAGGGGAGCACCGAGUUGAUUCUCAUCACGAAUGGCAAGGGUGGCGGAGUCGCGUAUUUGGGAGUCUUAUGGGGGCUGGUAUUCGGGGAUUGGUUCGCGCGGAUGCUGAAGUCGAAAGACCUCAUGGUCCCGAUGGCAAGAAAGGCUGCUGGUUACUAG